AUGCCUCACUCCUGUGCUGUGAAGACGUGCGGAAAUAAAGCAAAGCCUGGCUCUGCUUUGUCGUUUCACCGCCUGCCUGUGAGGGAACCAGAGCGGCUCAAACUGUGGCUGUCUGCAUUAAAAGUGGAUGUAAAUACUCCCAUAGACGAGUUAAGGAAAUAUAUUGUCUGCUCGGAGCAUUUUGCACCGGAGGACUACACCGUGAACGGACAGCCGGGGAGCGAUAGGAUGCACCGUUUCCUGACGCCCACGGCUGUCCCGACCGUCUCGUCUGGCAAGCUUCAACUAAACACAACCGAGGAAUCAGAAAACAGCAGGACCAAGGAUGUUUCAUUGGACUCAUCUGAAGACACCCAGUCUGUCUCUGGAAAGCUGCUUCCCUCACUGCAGCAAUGUGACGUCAAGGUGGAGGUAACAGAGAUCCACUCACAGAUCAAAGAGGAGCAGGUGGACGAGUGUAUCAGUCCAGGCGUGGAGGCUGAUACUGCCAAUGACACUGAAGACAGAGAUCCUAAAUCAGAACCAACCACUGACUGGGAGCUGUUCCCAUCGUCCAGCACCGAAACUAUGACUGUAAAUGAUGAGACAUGGAAUGAAAGUGACAGUUCGUCGUCGCCUCAUCAUGGUGUUGAAGUCUAUGUAGAACUGGAACAGCCUCCGAGGCAAGAAAAGUCUUGUCGUUUUUGUGGUAAAAGUUUUAAGAGGGACUCUUAUCUGAUCAGGCAUGUGGGCAAGAGUCACAAAGGACACAAGGCCUUUAAAUGCUUGGAGUGCAACAAGGAGUUUGAACAACGUUACCAGCUAGUCAUGCACAUAAGAAUUCACACGGGUGAAAAACCCUUUAGUUGUGAUUACUGUGACAAAACGUUUGUUCAGAACUCAAGUCGCCUUGCUCACAUGAGGGUGCAUACUGGGGAAAAACCAUAUUUUUGUGUUAAGUGUGGGAAAAGUUUUGCCACGAGCAAUCAUUUCAAAUUUUGCAAAGUGCAGAAUGAAUGCCAAGUCACACCAGAAAAUGAGGAUGUGGAUGAGAAUCACAAAGAGCAGAAGCCCUUUAAAUGCUUUGAAUGCAAAAAGGCGUUUAAUCAUAAGCACCAGCUUGUUCUGCAUGCGAGAGUUCACACCGGUGAAAAACCCUUCAGUUGUGAUUUCUGUGGCAAGACGUUCACGCAGAACUCUAAUCGUAUUGUUCACAUGAGACAGCAUACCGGAGAGAAACCGUAUUUUUGUAAUAAGUGUGGCAAGAGGUUUGCAAGCAGCCAUCAUCUCAAAUUGUGCACGGGAACACAACACAAUAGGAUAAACAAAUCCUUUCGUUGCGUCACUUGUGGCAGAACCUUUCACACAGACUCAGACCUGAAUGUGCACGUGGAGGUUCACGAGUCAUGGAAACGGCACAUCAGUGAGAAACUGCAAGGACAGGAGUUAGAAGAAAAAAACUUAAAACAUGUCUGAGAGAACAUCAUAGUGUGUGAUACCGAAGACUGCCCCCCCGUUUCUACUUGUCUAUCUUCAAACAGUCCAACAUGGAAAGAAACCAAGCAGUAUUCCCAUUGUUCUUAUUUGUAAGCGUUCUCAAAGUCUGACAAUGUCUCAAAGUUGUUGUGGAUGUUUUCAGCAUCAUAUCCUGGUUCAACUUCAUCUCUGUAAAGAAUAAAUCAAAGCUCUCCCAGAUCAUUAAUAAAGCAAGUCAAAUAACAAAAUAAACUCAAUUAACAAUACCCAAGCAGUUGAAAGAAAAGCCAACCUCAUCACAGAGGAUCUCUCCCACCUGCUGCAUAAUCCCUCCAGUUACUACCAUAAGACCACUGCUAUGAAGCCCCUUUGGCAAACCCCCCCCCCCUAAAAAAAAAACAUACCAGAACUCCUUUAUUUCCUCUGUCAUAAGCAUUUUAAGCAAAAAAAAUGAAACGACAGUGCACUUUCUAUGCACCCAAAUCAUGUAUGAUACUUUGCCUAAGUUAUUUAUUUAUGCUCUAUAUUUUUCAUUCUGUUUUUUAGGAGGAUGUAUUAUAUGUCUGA